GAGGCCGCGCUCCCGGGCUCCGCCUUCUUCGGGCUAGCGCCGUCCCGCCCCGCGGCGUCCCGCGGAGACAGCGCCCCUCCUACCAUCCCUCCCUCCAUCCCUCCCUCCAUCCCUCCCUGCCUCACUCCCUGCUGGCGGCGCGAAGCCGACAUUUUGGGGCGGCUCAGCGGCCAUGGCGACGGGCCGGGGCAGAAGUAGGCUAAGGACAUUUGCUGCCAGGCCUGGGGAAUGUUCUGAAACUGUAAAUGCUGGAAUUAAAAGUCUGUAUUUGACGCCUGCUCUAAAACGGAAACCAAGGGUGUGCAUUGAGAGCAUGCCAUCAGAAAUGCUGCUGAAGAUAUUUUCGUAUUUGGAUGCUGUGUCCCUGUUGUCUGUUGGUUGUGUGAAUAAACUCUUCUAUGAUCUGGCUAAUGACAAUGGAAUUUGGCUGAAAAUCUAUUCCAGUUGUUUGCAGCCAAAAAGGACAAUUUGGAAAAUGAAGUCUGAACAAACAGAAGCUGUUCCCUUGGGCUGUGCUGCUCUACAUGAUAAAAAACCUGGGUACUGGAAGAAAGAAUACAUCUUGAAACAAACAGCUGCUGUCAAAACUAGAGUAAUGCGACUUGCUAAACCUCUAGAUCCUUAUACAGGUCUUCCGUGUAAAAACAAAGUAGCUAUGAAACUCUCUGGCUUGAGUUGGAUAAUUGUUCUAAAGGACAAAAAUGGAAAAGAACAUGUAAUGGAGAAGGCAAACCUGUCAUUUAAGCACACAUCUGUUACCAUACUUUGGUAUAGUACAAACUGGCCGUGCUUAGAUGUCGUGUCAACCCUAAAACUAUUUGGAGUUACACCGUUGCUUCUUGACCAAAACAUGCCUCCCAACAAGAAUGGACCUCGACGACUUUCCUUAAUUGCUGAAUACCAUCUUGCUAACCUGACUGAAAGCAGUGUAGCAGUUGGUGCUGAUGGCCUUGUUCAGCUCUUCAGUGUGAAUCCAGGACUCUUAAUAGGAAUUUGGAAGGAGAAAAAUGAAAUUGCUUUUGUUAUGGUGAGUCUUCAUUAUCAUCAACUUCUUGAGAGAAGCAUUCUGGGUUCUGCUACUGCUCAAUAUACCCCUCCACCUAAUAAACCUGUAUUGGAUGAUAUUGACCCAGAAUAUGGACUACAUGACUACAGUCUGCAUCUGGAAAUGCAUGGUAGAAGCUGCACCUACCUGCGUGGAACAUUCAGGAACCUCUUCUGCAGAAAAGGUGACAUUGCAAAUGGAUACUUGAGGCUCACAGUUGUAAGCUUAAAGGAUAAUAGGAAGCACUUGCCUCUUAUUGGGACACUUGGCUUAUCCUGGGAAACAGAUGUGUUUAAAGGCAAUGUAAAGGACUGUUACAUGAUGAAUCUUACUCUUUUUGAUGAAAUUGGAGAGCCCUUCUGGUGUUUCAGUGCCCCAGUCUGCACGGAACUGUCUUCUAAGACAUCUGGCCUUUAUGAUUACAUGGGUCAUAUCUAUACCACAAACUAUGCAGAUUCAGAGGGUAAAGUUUGUGUUAAGUUGGUAUGGCUGGAAGAAACCAGGCAGUAUAUUAUAGUCAACCUGGUGCUUUAUGUAAGCACCGAAAAGGUAAAUAAUUGGUAUGGAACAAAUUACUGACUUAAUUGGGUCACUAAUUUCCUUGCUUUAAAAAACCAAACCAAACCAAAAAACACACUAAACCUUUGAUGCUCAUCGAUACCAAUGAGCACGACUGUUCCCGCAAGUUUUUCAGUAAAAAGUGCAAUUGCAUAAUUUGUUUAAUUGGUAUUGGAGAGAUCGAAGAGACCUAUUGAUAUAAAUGAUAGUUCUUCUGUUCUGUUGAACAUCACAUGGUUAAUCUGUUUCUGAUACUGAGUAUAUUGAAAUUAUUUUUAUGAAUAUUUAUAGACACUUGUUGCUGUGGUUAAAAAACUGCUUCUUUUGAGAGCUGUACUUUGAAGAUGCCUUAUGUGAUGUAAGCUGCAGUUUUUGAGAACAUUGACUUUUAUGCAUAGUAAUAAAACAGCAUGUGUUUUGUUGCCUUCAGGUUUCUUGAAGUGUUAUUGCUAAAUGACAGGUUUUGUUAAAUGCAGAAAUAUUUCCUUUUUUUUUUUCCCCCCAGAAAAUACUUAAAUAUAUUCUAGUAAAGGAUUGAAAAGGUAGACAGGAAGUCACAGAUCUGAACAAUAUGACAGUCAAGACAUUUGUCAAGAAAAUCACUUGUAAUAUCUAUGAUUACAUUUCUUUAAAUUCCUGUUUGUUCUCUUUUCCCAUUUUUUAACCUUCUGUCUGAUUUGAGCCCAGGUACUUGCCUCACGUAUUGGCCUAUGACUGGAUCCCAAUUAUCAGCUCAUCUGCUCGUACUGAAUGUAUGUAACAUUCAGUUCUUUUGGAAACAAUGCAUAGCUGAUACCGUUUGUUUAACAAUACAUAUAAAAAUUGAAUGUGUCUGCCUGAUCUUUCUGAUUCCUUGGAGUAACUUUAGGACCAUAUUUUUUACUUGCUGUAUUAAAAAAAAAAAAUAUGAUAUUGGAAUUCCACUGUCAUUACCUCUUGUGUUACAAACCACAGCAAGUUCAGUUUCACGGAAUUCUGUUAAGAAAAAUGAACAAUUAUAUUGUUAACUGCUGUGAUUUUUGUUAUGGCAGUGAUUUCCUUAAAGUCGCUCUUUUCUUUAUUUGCUUACAUCCAUUAAUUGGUUUGUGCAAGCAAUGUUCGUAUGUAAGUACUUGUGUUCCAUGCUGCAGAGACGGCAGGGGAUACAUACCACUGCCAUAAAGGUGUUUCUUAAUGUAACUUUCCAAGAUAAUAAAGCUGAGGCUGAUACAGCUCUA